UGUGCACACACUGUGAGUGCUCAGAAAUGUAACACUGUGAGUGCUCAGAAAUGUAUCGUCAUGGAAAAAGAGCAGCACAGACUGCUCUCCAAACUGGCGCAGAUGGAAGUCGCGCUCCUGCCCAAGCUUCGUGGAGAAAGCGCAAAGUCGCUGAAGUGUAGCAGCCAUGGCAGACGAAAAACCCAAGGAAGGAGUAAAGACUGAGAACAAUGACCACAUCAACUUGAAGGUGGCAGGACAAGACGGCUCAGUGGUGCAGUUCAAGAUCAAAAGGCACACACCUCUCAGCAAACUCAUGAAAGCAUAUUGCGAAAGACAGGGCCUGACGAUUAGGCAAAUCCGGUUCCGGUUUGAUGGUCAACCCAUCAACGAGACAGACACACCAGCACAAUUGGAAAUGGAAGAUGAAGACACAAUCGAUGUGUUCCAGCAGCAAACGGGAGGUUUUCUUCACUAGCCUAUGUUCCCCACCAACACCCCUACCUCCCCUGUCAGCUCGCCUCUACGUUCCCUAAUAAUGUAUUUUCUGAAACUCUGCUUCUAACUCCUAUCCCUAGGCACUUAAUGCCAAUCUGAAAAGAUUGGAUAGGUUUGACCAAUAUGUUAAUAUGACUUGCUGUGUUAUAGCCGUACUUCCAAUCCUUUCAGGUCUACAGGAGUUGGGUCAAUUUGGGAUUCAGCAUACCUAGUUCUACACGUCAAUACCAUUCAUUCUGAUAUUCACAUAACAUACGGUUGUAUAUUAUUGAGUUUAUUCUGUACAUAAACAUCUGAGUGAGGGUACCCAUUGUCAGAUCCUGUUUCAUGUGCUGAACUAAUCCAGCAAUCAAAGCCUACAAUUCUGGACGGUGUGUAAGUUCUUUACAUCUAAUUCACCCAUUUUGACAAUUGCUGGUCAGACUUCUGUUUUCAGAGAUGGAUUCUUUCUUUUUAAUAAUUGUAGAAGUUGUUUGCGAUGCAACUUGUAUUGAUGUUCUCCAAUAAGCCUGCAUUUAAAUCGACUCACAUCUUAUUGUUAAAUAAAUUGAUUCUUUUUUAAA